GAGUCCUUGAAUCUGUACAGUAAUGGGCUCGAAGGGGCUUUACCAGAGAGCAUUGCUAGUUUAAAACUACUGCACGAACUCAAAUUGUUUAACACCAAACUCAGUGGGUCUUUGCCGAGUCAACUUGGUGAAAACUCGCCAUUGCAGCUCCUGGAUUUAUCUUAUAAUCAAUUUUCUGGUAUAAUUCCUGAGAAUUUGUGUGCAAAGGGAAAGUUAGAGGAUCUUUUUUUAUGUACAAUUCAUUUUCCGGUGAAAUUUUGGUGAGUCUGGGGAAAUGCAAAAGCCUUCUCCGGGUCAGACUGAAGCACAAUGGGUUAACAGGUGGAGUCCCAGACAACUUCUGGGGGCUGCGCAGAUUUUUCGGGCCAAUACCAGAUGAGAUUGGAUUGCGGGGCAAUUUGGUGGUGUUCUCUGGGAGUGAUAAUAGUUUCACCGGUCGGAUUCCGGCUUCCAUGGUGAAAUUGAGGCAGUUGGAUAGACUUGAUCUUAGUAAAAAUGAGCUCACUAAGGGUAUUCUUGAAGGAAUUAGUAAGAAUUUAUUUUCUGGGAAAGUGCCUAUUGAGUUGCAGAAUUUGAAGCUCAAUUUGCUUAAUUUGUCGAAUAACCAGCUUUCUGCAGAGCUCCCUCCUCUUUAUGCUAGCGAAAUAUACAGCAAGAGCUUCUUGGGCAACUCGGGAUUGUGUGGUGAUAUAGUUGGUCUUUGUCCAGAUACUAGUAGAUCUAAGAACCGACAGUAUCUAUGGAUUCUUAGAUCAAUUUUUAUACUUGCUGGUGUGGUUUUUGUUGUGGACUGUUAGAAGCUAACGGAAGGAUGGUGCCGGUGUUAACAGAGGGAGUGAUUUGCCACUGCAAGUGAGUUGAGGGGGUGAUUUGCGUGUGAAGUGGGUUUGGGGGGUGAUUUGCCACUAGUUGUUGAGUUGAGGGGGUGAUUUGCACCUUUUGCAGUCUAUAUUAAGCAGUAUUAUUGAUAUCCCAAAAUAUUUGAUCAACAUGAAUACUCUCUUUAGAUUAAAUCAUUUAAGACAAU